CGUUAAUUGAACCGACGAAGAAGAGCAGUUUUGCUUUCAUAACAUGAGGUUUUGUUGUUAAAGGUUCCUGCAGACAGCUCUCUCUACAGACACACAGGUAAACCGGAGGAGGAGAUGCUGCCUCUAGUCGGAGCUGAGUUGAGCCCGUUGCAGCUCUAUCGACAUCUCCUCAGGUGUUGCAGACAGUUACCCAACGCAGCGAUGCAGAAGCAUUAUCGACACGCCAUAAGACAGGGUUACACCAGUCACUCCGAUGAAGACGACCCAGAGAGGAUACAGAUGAUAAUCCAAAGAGCCGUCACAGACGCAGACUGGAUUCUUGAUAAAUAUACCAAGAAGAAGUCAUAAACUCCUGUGUUGGUGGAUGUGACGUGUCUGUUAUUUGUUCUCAUUGUGGUGAAGAAACAUGUGAUGGACUGUUAGGGCUGCUUAGUGAGGACUAAAGUGAACUGAGUUGUUGUUGUCUAUAAAAAAGUGUAAAUACUGUUCUUAGAUUUAAAUGACAUGA